CAUCAUCAAUCUUUCAAAAAGUAGCUGCCGUCCUCUACUUCCAGCUAUUCGCCCUCCUCCUUAUCUUCCCUGUGUUGUUGCAAUAGUCGACAUCUCGUACUUUUCGGCUGCUCUUGCUUCGACGGCAGAUCCUUCACAGACCCCCGCAGACUCUUCCACCAAAGCCUACAGUAUCAGAAUUCCGCCUCUUCUCGACCCAGCCCAAAGAAUCCUGCAUUGUCCUCUGCCUCCGGAGUCGAUCGAGCCCCUCCCACCUGCCCUCUGUCUCUCCCACUAGACCUUCAUACCAAGUUUCCCCGCCUAAUCUCAUCAUGUCCCGCAACAACAAACUCGCCCCGGAAGCGAAUCGAAUUCUUUUCGUCAAGAACCUCGCCUAUAACAUCGAUACACCCGCCCUUUUCGACCUGUUUGGUAAGUUCGGAUCCAUUAGACAGAUCAGAGCCGGCACCUCAAACACUACAAAAGGAACGGCAUUCGUUGUCUAUGACGAUGUCCUCGAUGCGAAGCAGGCUUGCGACAAGCUCAAUGGGUUCAAUUUUAUGAAUCGCUACCUUGUGGUUUUAUACCAUCAACCUGAGAAGAUGAAGGUUGAGGUCAAGGAAGAUCUUACAGCAAGACAAGAAAAUCUGGAGAGAAUCAAAAAAGAGCAUGGCAUUGAGUGAAGGGUUGUAUUUGUCAUGAAUGUCGAUAUUAUGAAGUGGUGACGAUGAUGCAAACCACUUUGUAUCAGUCUUGUAUCUCUGAGAUGCAAGACAUUUUCGCCAGUCUGGGACUGCUUGUCCAUCGCAUUCAUUCUGGGCACAAAGGUCAUACCUACCCACAAGCAGUUUUCUCGAAGGUGAAGGCUCCAACACACCAGCAGGCCUGGAGGCUGUGAGACAACGCUGUGCGAAUGCAUGAUCCACCGCCACGGUGAAGACGCCACGAGACAUGGACAUGGAGCUUGCUGGUCUUUCCAAUACAGAGGAAGAGACGGCACACACACACACGAGAGUAAGCUUUUGCCUAGGCUCAAUUGCCUGCACGUCUCAAGAGUGAGAUGCUUUUGUCCGAAUGCCAUGCGAUAAGGCAGCAUGUCGGCCUUCGGCAGGGUCUCUUCGUUUACAAUGUGCAUAGCUGCCGUACAAAACUCUGGCGCCUCAUCGUUCGCGAAAUGGAACUGCCUCACAGAACUGUCCACUCUACGUUGAACAAGAGCACGAGCUCAAGUCUGUCCCAACGGUCGUACAUGGUGCUCCAGAUAGUAAUACGAAAACGUCGGUGGGCAGGCAGUAUUUCAGGGGAGAUGGGAGCGGUUCGACAUCAAGUCGAAGACUGCCACGAGCACGGCGAGGCAUCCACUCGGGGAUCUUGGGCGAAUGCGACCUGUCACACCGUUUAGUCCGAUCUCAUACGGGGCUCUACGGGGAAAUAUCCCAGUACGGGGAAGCGAGGCUCUGGUGCAACAAUGUUUGCACGAACGGUCAUCUUGGGAAGUUCAGGACUUGGCUUUCGACCCAUUACAUGUUAGGCAUCAAUCAACCGGGGCCGAGGUCUGGUAGAUUAGCAACGGACCUACAUACCUACUUUUUUACAGUAGUAUGAAUUGCGAAGUGAUUUGUGUAA